AUGCCUGACCCGUGGACUAUGACUAUAUUCUCUGACUUAAAUACGACAUCGCCAGAAAGAAUGUUUCAUUUAAAAUUUGUUGACAUACGGAAUGUGCAAUUCGAGCAAAUUUUUAUCGGAUUUCCUACACAUCAGACGAAUGGGUGUAGUUCUUACAUGGCGGCUCGCUUAAUUCCAACAGUUGAGUAUGAAAUGAGUCAAUUAUAUAAAGUUUAUAGAGAAAUUGUUGGUUCAAACGCAAAAACAGAUGAAGCUACAAAUUCGGCGAUGAGUGGCUUGAAAAAUGAGCUGCGUAUGCAUUUUCGCAACUUUACAUUUAAACAUAGCACUCCUAAUUCGCAUGUUGGCCAAAUUAUUGAAUUUCAAAUUUUAAAUUAUGCUUCUCAGCCAUUAUCUAUUAUAUCAAUUCCUGAAGUCCAACCGCAGGUUGGUUCUAAUCCGAGUCAGAAUAAUUAUCCUGUAAAGCUUACACCAAGAACGAAGAAUAUGCAAUUCAGUUGCAGGAAAUGUUUCAACUGUGAUCCAAAUUAUAUUCGUCCAAUGUUUAGCUCAAGAAAAAGCGACCAUUUACAGAGCACUUCUGCACCUUUUGCUAUUUAUAGCGACAUUCGAAAUGGAUACAUUAAUAUUGUUGACUUCACCCCUAUUCAUUUCUUCAUAAGAUCUCGAAUUGUCUAUAAUGGCAAUUGUGAAGUUACUAUAAUGGCCAAGUUUCAAGUUAUUGAU